AGUUCAGUUCAGUUGAGUUCAGUCAGAGUCAGAGCGUCGUCAUCAAAGGACUACACGAUCAUAUACCUAUAGUAUAUUUAGAGGCUUGACUAAAAGUUUGAAAACUUAUAAUUAUAAUUGUAAGUCGCCCGACCGCAUAUGCAUAUUGCGUCAGCUUGUUAGCGUGUGUAUAUGUGUGUCUGUGUGAAUAACGAUCAUUAGAGCCAAGGGAUUCUUCAACAUCAAAGUAGGCAGCCCUCCAGAAAGCUGUUUUGAUUUCAGAUGCCAAUUGCGGAAUCGCUCAUAUAGAAGCAUCCGUAUUCGCUUGAUCGACCGUUCGCUCUGAAAGGCUCUGACAAGAAACGAAGGCUCAUUUGCCAAACAUUGAGAAAUUUUUUCAAAGAAGCGGAUCAAUCAAAAUAAUUGCAAACUUAAAGCAAACGGAAACAAAAAGCAAAUACUAAGGCAAUCAUCACUAAAAGUUGAAGACUAAUCUUUAAACUAUUCAAACAAAAGCCAGCAACAUUCAAUUAAAAAUGGCCGAAGACGCUGCCAUGGAGACAUGUCCAAGUCCUGAGAUGGGCGACUCACGCAAAAGGCCGCUCGAUUCCGAUCCGGAAAAUGAACAAACUAAACGCUCACAUUUCAGUUCCGCAGCAUUUCCGCAAAAUCAAUAAAAACUCAACUCAAGUGUGAUAUAAAAAAAAUGGAAAACAAAAAAGGAAAAAACUUGAAACUAUGUUGUGAAUAAAAAAUUAAAAAAAAAAAAAUAAUAUAAAGCGCAAUAAUAAUUGAAAAAUCGGAGCCAUCAGGCUAACCAAUUACAAAGCGGGUCUACAAAUAAUCGAUCAUACCAUCGCAGAAUUAAAACCAGCAACCGGAGCUACUAAAGAGCACACAAGUCGCAGCUGAACUGAAUUGAACUAAUCUGAACUGAACUGCACGGAAGGAAACUAAACUGGAGCGAAUCCACCAUCCACCUAUCUCAACUGCUGAAUGAUGGAAUCGCAGCAGCAGCAGCAUCAGCCCCUCAAUCACAAUGGCUCAUCCAAUGUAACGCCAGAUCUGAGAACAUCACCAAUUUCGGCGGGGAGCGCAGUACAACAGCAGCAUAUACAUCUACAACAGAUAAGUAGCCAUGAGACAACGGAAACUGCUUCAGCAGCAGCAGCAACAGCAAUUGCAACGACAACUGCAACUGCAACGGCAGCAGCAUCACCCAGCUAUAAGACUGCCUCCUGUUGGUGCUACGGUGAGUCAGUUUGUUCUGGAAUUGAGGUUGAAAUUGAAAAUAAUAACAAUAAUCAUAAUCAUCAUGGCGAUACCACAUUUCACAUGAAGAUACUAGUGCCUGCGGUGGCCUCCGGAGCCAUUAUUGGCAAGGGGGGCGAGACGAUCGCCUCGCUGCAAAAGGACACGGGUGCUAGAGUCAAGAUGUCCAAGUCUCACGAUUUUUAUCCAGGUACUACUGAGCGCGUCUGCCUAAUCACCGGCUCUGUGGAUGGUAUCAUGACUGUGGUGGACUUUAUAAUGGACAAAAUAAGGGAGAAGCCCGACUUGACUACAAAAAUCAUUGAUGCCGAGUCUAAGCAGGCACAGGAACGUGAUAAGCAAGUUAAAAUACUGGUGCCCAAUUCGACCGCUGGCAUGAUCAUUGGCAAGGGCGGCGCCUUCAUCAAGCAGAUAAAGGAGGAAAGUGGUUCCUAUGUCCAGAUUUCGCAAAAGCCAAAGGAUGUAUCACUGCAGGAGCGUUGUAUUACCAUUAUCGGCGACAAGGAAAAUAACAAGAACGCCUGCAAAAUGAUACUCUCCAAAAUAGUGGAGGAUCCGCAGUCGGGCACAUGCCUGAACGUGUCCUACGCCGACGUUAACGGACCCGUUGCCAACUUCAAUCCAACCGGUUCACCCUAUGCCACCAAUCAGAAUGCCAUCAACUCAAGUACCGCCUCGCUGAAUUCUACGAUAGGCACGGCCAUCGGCGGUGCGGGUACUGCAACCAGUCUGUUGGUCAAUGGCGCAGGCAUUAACUUAUCCCUCAACCUGGGUGCACCCAACCCAGCGCCCAAUCUGGCAGUUGCCACACAGUUGCUUGAGCACAUUAAGGUUGCCAUGCGAGGUGCUGGUUACGCAGAGACCGCCACCACUGAUGUCUGCGCGGCCCUCGGUGUGCUAGCAAAGUACGGCGUGCUGGGCAUGGGUCUGGGCGUACCACACGCCAAUGGCGCGCAUCCUACACUGGGCAACUAUCUGGGCGUGACGACGCUAGAUCAGCAAACCGCGGCCGCGGCCACGGCGGCCUCAGCGAGCAAUGUUUUCGGCGCUGUCGGCCAGGUUAACUUUGAGUAUGCCGCCGCGGCGGCCGCUGCUGCGGCGGCCAGUCGGCCAACGCAGUCUCAGCUGGAGGUGCAAUUUGAUUCAUUCCGCCAUAUGGGCUCGGCCACUGCGCCUGCGGCCACGCCCGUUUCUCUAAACAACAACAGCUUUGGACUGACCGCUGCCACCGGUACGGUGACCAGCGCGCAACUGGGAGCUGCCGCCUCGAUAGGCGGUCUUAGCAAGAGCCCCACUCCUGGUGAUUUGGGUGCCAAGGAUACCAAGAACGUUGAGGUGCCCGAAGUGAUUAUUGGCGCUGUUUUAGGUCCGAACGGUCGUAGUUUAGUUGAAAUUCAACAUGUCUCUGGCGCGAAUGUGCAAAUUUCCAAAAAGGGCAUAUUCGCACCUGGCACUAGAAAUCGCAUUGUAACCAUAACUGGUCAGCCGAGUGCCAUUGCCAAAGCGCAGUAUCUAAUUGAACAAAAAAUCAACGAGGAGGAGACAAAGAGGGCGCGUCAAAUUCCAUUAACCACUGUUGUGAAUUAAUAAUCAAGCAAUCAAGCAAGCAGCACAACAACAAAAAACAACAACAAACAACUAUCCCCUAUUAAAACGCAUUUCCUCAAAGAACGGUUCAUUUAUAAAAAGAAAAAAAACUAACAAAAAAAACAAACAAAA